AUGAAGUGCAUCUCCCAGGUCAUAAACUUCACGAUGCGAAUGCCAGAGAAGAGCUCGUUUGUGGCUCGAACGCGGCUGUCAACGAUGACCGACAUCCUCUCGCGNAUCGACGACUGCCAGCGCGAGAUGACGCCUUGUACAGGAAAGGUGACGAACAGUACCGACACGCCGGCGAGUGCACACCAGCCGACGAGGCGGUACAGCAGCGCCACGGCGGCCAGCAGCACCAGCGGCGCGCUGAGGAAGUACAUCACGUACCAGUUGAGGUCACCAAUGUUGCUUACAUCGGUGCUCGCCAUGUUCAUGAUGCGCCCAACACUCAUCUCUGGCAGCAGCAGCGACUUCUCCGCGAUGGUGAGACACUUUUCGAAGAGCACCACCAUCGCAGCGUUCUCGAAGAUGGCGGCGGCACGGAUACUCAUAUGGUCGUACUUAUGCGCGGCGCAGCUCUGCACAACGCUGAGGGCGAACACUGCCACGACGAGGCCGAGGCCGUCACGCCACGACGCGUCCUCCGCCCCGAGGUACGCGACGUAUCGCUCCAGUACGAUGGGCAACGUGAUGCCGCAGAGGUCGGCGAGCAGCCUGUUAGGCACCUGCACCCAGAUGUGGUACGCGUGCGCCUUGAUGAGGGACAACAGGAUAUUCGGCGUCGCGGGCCGUGCUGCAUUUUGA